AUGGCGACUGUCAGUGACCGUCGUCGCAUAGGCAAGAGCAGCAGUCCAGAACAAGAUCGCUCGCCUGUCCAAGAGCGCAUCGGUAUAUUGUCCCGGACUCUUACGUCGAGCUCGAGCAUUAGAUGGAUUCUCCCCGCAAGGUUACGCUCACCAUCCAAGAACGAUGUCGUCUUUGUCGGGCAUACCUUUAUUCAACUCCAUGAGUUCCAGGCCAGUGGACAGCUGGUCGACACCACCGCGAAGCUUGACUUUGGUACGACAAUCACAGAUGCUAAAAUCAUCUCUGCCGACUUGCAGACAAUACCCGUUGUCGAUGCGAUCCUGAAACAAGAGCGCGACCUCGAACAGUUCAGCAUUCGUGGGCAGCCAGUGGGCGAUGGUCACCCGCCGCAGCUUCUUGUUCUCGUUACAAGAGACAACGAAAUGAUCUACGUAUAUGCUAGAGAAAACAGCAUUGGCGAUGCUCAACUGGUCUUUGCAAAACGACCUUUCCUGAGGGGCUCGGAUCUGCCCUCGAGCGAAUGUCGCGACAUCGCGGUCGAUCCUCAGUCUCGAGCUCUUGCAGUUGCUUCGCCCUCAGGCUACGUGGUGAUAUUCAAGUUACGGUUCCUGGAUGAGAUCAAGGCUCAGAUUGAUGGCUGGGAUCCAUUGAACCCUGCCUCUUUUUGUCCUGCAAGAGAGCAACGUUUUAUUACGGUCGAUGGAAAAAUCCUUCUGAUGUCCUUCUUACCGAGUCCUGAUGCUGAUCCUAGCAAGGUCGUGCUGCUGCUGCUGGCCUACACUGGCGAUGAGAGAAAAGAAACAUACCAAUACCUGCUGACAUGGGACACUCGCCUCCCACUAAAGACAAUUAAGCAUAUGUCUUGUAGCGGGCGUAAGCUACAAGAAGACCAACUACCCACGAUGCUCAUCCCUUCGACACGAGCCUAUUCAUACAUGGUCGUUAUGCAAUCGAGCAUCACCUAUUGCGAGGAUGUCCAAUCUUCGGAAACGAAGCGGGUCAACUGUGCAUUUGCUAAGGACAACGAGGAGCCGCUAGAAUGGGUCCAAUGGUCGAGACCCAGACGCCACACUCACUACCUGCAACGACGCGAUGACAUUGUGCUUCUUCGCGAAGACGGGCUGCUCCGGAAUUUCUUGUUUGAUAAACACUCCAGCAAAAUCUUUUCUACCAACAACGUAAUCGGUCACCUUGGUUUCAGCGUUGAUACAGCCUUCUGCAUGCUCUCUGGCCCACCUGGGAAAGGUGGCGAUAUCCUUGUCGUGGGCGGCAGCAUGACCGAUGGAGGUGUUUUCCACGUGUCCGCACGAGGCUCUCCCGAGCGGAUUCAGCCCAUCGAGACCCUCGCACCCCUGAACGAUAUUGUCACGGGCCCUCUGAUAGCUGUCGACGGCGAGGAUAUUGCGGCGCAGGAUGGAAUGCCCGGUCGCCUUUACACCUGUUCAGGACCACAUGAUCGGAAAGGUCAGGUUUCGGAGAUCCGUUACGGGUUCGAAGCCCAAAUUGGAUGGAAAAUGGAGUUUCCCAAUGCCGCCCUGGUUGAGCGGCUUUUCAGUCUGGAAUUACCAAAUAUCAGUGAGGUCCUGCUGCUGGCGUCCCAUACGGCAAGUUCGUCUAUGGUCGCAUUCGAGCUGGAGACGCAGGACCUCUCUUUUACUGAUUCAGAUAGCCAUCCCGGGUUCGACUUUGACCACUCAACCCUUGCCGCAACGGUCUACAAUCAAAAUACAGUCAUACAGAUCACAACUGCUGGCAUAAGCGCCAUCCUCGUGGAUGAGGAUGAAGUUACCAGACUCCGCCACCUCAGGUCGACAUUCGAGCAUGCGACCAUUUCCGCUGGUGAUGAUCCAGUCAUCGCCGUUAUACGUGCAUGCGACACAGGUCUGGAUCUCUGCAUCAUCGAGGUUAAUACUGCUGAGGAUGGUCAGCCUCAACUCGAGGUUGACCAGCUUGUGCGGCUUGAACAUAUCCCCAAUAACAUAUGCUGCAUGCAAACAGCAAAUGGCCCAUUGUUUGUGAUUGGCACAGCUACUGGCGAGCUCCUGUGCUACGACGAGAAUCUGCAACCCGCAUUUGAGCUUCGAAUUCAAGAUCUCCAUCCCGAAGUGAAGAAUGCGGCGGUUUCAUCCCUGGUUGCAUUGGAGCCCAAUCUCCUUGGUCCUACGCUGCUGUUGUGCGGAUUGCGUUCGGGCACUGUACUCUGUCUGGAACUCAAAGUACAAAACAAGAAUGGGGCGAGGAUAGACGUACGUUGCGACGAGGUUUUCCGCGUAGGCGCGACUGCGGUGCAGAUCAUCGAGGAAAAGGGCCGUCCAGACGGCUCUGGAAAUCCUUCAGCAUUGGUCCUUUGCGAGUAUACAAUUUACCGUGUCACACUACAUCCGAACUCUGCUGUUGUCGAUUUCACCUUCUCGCCUAUCUGGGUGGUAGAUCGAACCAAUCCAUCUGCCCUACCGCUGGUCAACGCGCUUCACCGCAUACCUAGGCUGGAGUCCAAGUAUGAGCAGCCCGGAGGCUUCUUGAUUUGCGCUACUGAAGCCGAGAUAUUGUUCUGCUCCGUGGUGGCUCAAGAGCACGGCAUAGCCCGGCACCUGCACUUCAAUGGCGUACCGAAACGACUGUUAUACUCCCAAUUUCUCGAGAAGUUCGCGGUCGCUUUCUCCCGGGAAGGCGAUCCCUAUGAACCACCACUGCGCAGGGGCCCCAACGUGCCACUACUACCGGGUGAGAAAAAUCCCACAGAUCGGCCAUCAGAGAAAGUUCGGCAGGUUGGUUUGCAACUCGUUACGCGCGAUCUGAGCUAUCCUGCUGGGAAAAGGGAUGAGGAUGUCGCUUUCUCCACCAUCGUAACCGGAGACAGCAGCGCCGUCCUACAUGAUUUCAUCGACUGGAGGCCCACGGACGAUGUCUUCCACUAUGAAUGGCUGGUCCUUGCGUUGGAGCAGCCAGGCAUGCAUGGCCGAGUUGUGUGUGUCAAUGCCAAAACGUUGGGGAAAGGCAAGCCUGAUGCCGACGCGAAAGUCGCGUUUCACGACAAGCAACCUGUUACGGCGAUUUGUGCCUACAAGAAGUCAUCCCUGCUAAUCGCUUGUGGGAAAGAGAUCAUACUGCGCCACCUCGACUUCAAGACACGCCGAUGGGAGUCGUUGUCCAGACAUGCUAUUCCGUCAAUGGCGAACGCCAUAUCAUGUCAGGGCUCGCUCAUCUGCGUGGCUACCCGGGAGCACUCGUUGUUCGUUCUCGUGGACCGGAACGACCGACUGUGUCAACAUAAAUGUGAUGCCGGAAUGAGAUACGCCAAAGAUGUUGCCGUGCUGGAUCUUUCAACUGCUGUCUUUGCCUCUGCUGACGCGGCUGGUACUGAUAUCGUCGGAUUCUCGGGCUUGAACAAGGCAAACUCGGACGCGACGCCACUGUUCCACGCCAAAAUGUCGGGCCAUAUCCAUCGUUUCCGGCUUGAUUCCUUCCAUGGACCUGAGAGUAAGGAGCGGACCCGUUUCUAUGGCGCCACCAUGGAUGGGACACUGUUUCAUUUCACGCUUCUCAAGCACAAAGAGUGGAAGUUGCUCCAUUUCAUUGAGGAAAUGAGCUACAUGGACCGCAAAGCCAUAACGGCUGUGCCGAUGAAGAGAAGAGAUGCAGAUGGUAAAGAGUAUCUCUGGAAGCCUCCAUUAUUCAGGCCGAAAGACAUGCAUGUACGAGGAGACCGCUUGCUCAUGAUGAUUGAGGACGGACCAUACAACCUGCGGAACGUCCUGAAAGGCUCACCGCGGCUCGAAACUUUCAACGCCCUGGUCAGGGAAGUUUUAGGAGCGAGCGAUGAGCCGGUCGAGGUAGCAAUCGCUUGGAUGAGAAAGUUCCUGAGAUAUCCGCCUCGAUCAUGA